ACUGAGGGGAAUUCCUCAUCAUGGGAUAUCGUCUGACCUUUGUCUUCUGCUUCGCUCGCACAACAUCUCACGGUAGAAUUGACCAGUUAUCAAUUGUCCACAGGAAGCGACGUCAUUUGUCACUUACACGACCAGAUCAUAACAAUUCAAAUCCUAAACCAAGACUACCCCCUUAACAUCAAUCGCCAACAUUAUGGCACCCCACGCAGACGAGAACGGUGCCCCGCGGACGGGCAGCGCUUCAACCCCUCGCUUCCACGCUUCUUCCACGCAGUCGGCCAUCAAGGCUGAGGAAGAGUUCGCAGCACACAACUACCAUCCUCUUCCUGUGGUCUUUGCUCGCGCCCAAGGUGUCCACGUCUGGGACCCCGAAGGCAAGCAAUAUCUCGACUUCCUCUCUGCUUACAGCGCCGUGAACCAAGGCCACUGCCAUCCCGAACUCAUCAAGGCCCUGACCGACCAGGCUAGCCGCUUGACGCUGAGCUCAAGAGCCUUCUACAACGAUGUCUUCCCCCGGUGGGCAGAGAAGGUGAAGGACGUCUUUGGCUAUGACAUGGUGCUGCCCAUGAACACGGGCGCAGAGGCCGUCGAGACUGCCAUCAAGAUUGCAAGAAAGUGGGCAUACAAGGUCAAGGGUGUCGAGGCUGGCAAAGCCUUGGUCUUCUCCGCGACUGACAACUUCCAUGGACGCACGAUGGUCGCGAUCACACUUUCGACCGAUUCUGACUCCAAGGACAACUACGGCCCAUAUGUUCCCAACAUCGGCGCAACGUGCCCCUCGACCGGAAAGGCUAUUCGCUACAACCACAUCGAGGAUCUAGAAGCGGCAUUCGAGGCACACGGAAAGAACACUGCUGCAUUCAUUUGUGAACCCAUCCAGGGCGAGGCUGGCGUCGUGGUUCCGGACGAGGGCUACCUGGCCAAGGUCCAGGAGCUGUGCAAGAAGCACAAUGUGCUGUUCAUCUGCGACGAGAUCCAGACGGGUAUCGGCCGCACAGGUCGCAUGCUCUGCUCUGAAUGGGCUGGCAUCAAGCCCGACAUGGUCACUUUGGGCAAGGCCAUCUCCGGUGGCAUGUACCCAGUCAGCUGCGUGCUCAGCAGAAAGGAGGUCAUGCUGGUUGUCGAGCCUGGCACGCACGGAUCGACCUAUGGCGGCAACCCGCUGGGCUGUGCCGUGUCGAUCCGCGCUCUGGAGUUGAUGGAGGAGGAGGAUCUGACUGCCAAGGCCGAGAAGCUGGGCAACAUCUUCCGCGACGGCAUCAAGGCUCUCAACUCGCCCAUCAUCAAGGUGAUCCGCGGCAAGGGUCUUCUGAAUGCCGUCGUCAUUGAUGAGUCGGCUGCGUCAGGCAGGACGGCUUGGGACCUAUGUCUCUUGUUGAAGAGCAAGGGAUUGCUUGCCAAGCCCACCCACGGCGAUAUCAUCCGCUUUGCGCCGCCUUUGGUCAUCACCGAGGCUGAGUUGAAGAAGGGUCUGAACAUCAUUGCUGAGGCCAUCAAGGAGCUGCCUAGCGUGGAGAAGGCCAGUGGGCACUAGAUUGUCCGACGCGAGUCUCGAAAAA